CCGGCCCCUUUCCCCACACCUUUGCCCAGUGUAGCUCAGCUCAGCUGUAGCUUCACCUCCACCAUGGGAGACAUGGCCAACAGCUCAGUGGAUUUCUACCCCAAAAGCCAACGGCAAGAGUUGAACCAUGCGGGCGGUUUUGGCUGCACCCUGGCGGAGUUGCGCUCCCUCAUGGAGCUGCGUGGGGCCGAGGCGAUCCAGAAAGUCCAGGAGACCUACACCGAUGUCAAUGGGCUCUGCAGGAGACUCAAGACCUCCCCCACCGAAGGCCUCUCAGACAACACAGCUGACCUGGAAAAGAGAAGGCAGAUCUACGGGCAGAACUUCAUCCCCCCAAAGAAGCCUAAGACCUUCCUGCAAUUAGUAUGGGAGGCCCUCCAAGAUGUGACACUGAUCAUUCUUGAAAUUGCUGCCAUAAUCUCCCUGGGGUUGUCUUUUUAUGCUCCACCAGGCGAAGAAAGUGAAGCCUGCGGGAACGUGGCAGCCAGUGCAGAGGAUGAGGGUGAGUCAGAAGCUGGUUGGAUUGAGGGUGCUGCCAUCCUGCUCUCGGUGAUCUGUGUAGUGUUGGUCACAGCCUUCAAUGACUGGAGUAAGGAGAAGCAGUUCCGAGGUCUGCAGAGCCGCAUAGAGCAGGAGCAGAAGUUUGCCGUCAUCCGCAAUGGGCAACAGGUCCAGAUCCCUGUGGCUGAACUGGUUGCGGGGGACAUUGCUCAAAUCAAAUAUGGUGACUUGCUUCCUGCAGAUGGGGUGCUUAUCCAGGGGAACGAUCUCAAGAUUGAUGAGAGCUCCUUGACGGGGGAGUCGGAUCACGUGCGCAAAUCAGUGGAGAAGGAUCCCAUGCUGCUGUCAGGCACCCACGUCAUGGAAGGCUCUGGGCGAAUGGUUGUUACAGCUGUUGGGGUCAACUCACAGACUGGGAUCAUCUUCACUUUGCUGGGUGCUGGUGGAGAAGAGGAGGAAAAGAAAGACAAAAAAGGAAAGCAGCAGGAUGGGGCAGUGGAGAAUAAUCAGAACAAAGCCAAAAAGCAAGAUGGGGCAGUUGCCAUGGAGAUGCAACCCCUGAAAAGUGCAGAGGGUGGUGAGAUGGAAGAGCGAGAGAAGAAGAAAGCCAGUGUGCCGAAAAAAGAGAAGUCUGUUCUGCAAGGGAAGCUCACCAAACUGGCUGUGCAGAUCGGGAAAGCAGGGCUGGUGAUGUCAGCCAUCACUGUCAUCAUCCUGGUUCUGUAUUUUGUUAUUGAGACAUUUGUAAUCGAUGGGAAGACAUGGUUGGCUGAGUGCACCCCUGUCUAUGUGCAAUACUUUGUCAAGUUCUUCAUUAUUGGUGUCACUGUCCUGGUCGUGGCCGUCCCUGAAGGCCUCCCAUUGGCCGUCACUAUCUCCUUAGCAUAUUCAGUGAAGAAAAUGAUGAAGGACAACAACCUGGUUCGACACCUGGAUGCCUGUGAGACCAUGGGCAAUGCCACCGCCAUCUGCUCUGACAAGACAGGCACCUUGACCACCAAUCGCAUGACCGUUGUGCAGUCCUACAUGGGUGACACUCACUACAAGGAGACCCCAGACCCCAGCAACCUUACACCCAAAAAUCUGGAUCUGCUUGUGCACGCCAUCGCCAUCAACAGUGCCUACACCUCCAAGAUACUACCUCCAGAGAAAGAAGGGGGCCUCCCACGCCAGGUCGGCAACAAGACGGAGUGUUCACUGCUAGGCUUUGUGCUUGACCUGCGGCGUGACUACCUGCCUGUGCGUGAACAGAUCCCUGAGGAGAAGCUCUACAAGGUUUACACCUUUAAUUCUGUCCGGAAAUCCAUGAGCACCGUCAUUUGCAUGCCUGAUGGCGGCUACCGCCUCUUCAGCAAAGGCGCUUCUGAAAUCGUCCUUAAAAAGUGCACAAACAUUCUCAACAACAAUGGGGAGUUACGCACCUUCCGGCCCCGUGACCGAGAUGAAAUGGUGAAGAAGGUGAUAGAGCCCAUGGCAUGUGAUGGACUGAGGACUAUCUGCAUAGCCUACCGUGAUUUCCCAGCAGGGAAGGAGCCCGAAUGGGACAGUGAGAACGAUAUUGUAAUAGACUUGACGUGCAUUGCUGUGGUGGGAAUUGAGGAUCCCGUGCGGCCUGAGGUGCCAGAUGCCAUUCGCAAAUGCCAACGUGCCGGCAUCACAGUUCGCAUGGUGACAGGAGACAACAUAAACACAGCCCGGGCCAUUGCCGCCAAGUGUGGCAUCCUCCAGCCAGGGGAGGACUUCUUGUGCCUAGAAGGAAAGGAGUUCAACCGGAGGAUCCGUAAUGAAAAGGGAGAGAUAGAACAAGAACGCCUUGAUAAAAUCUGGCCAAAACUGAGGGUUCUGGCUCGAUCGUCACCCACCGACAAACACACCUUGGUGAAAGGCAUAAUCGACAGCACUAUCGGGGAACAGCGCCAGGUGGUUGCUGUCACUGGUGAUGGGACGAAUGAUGGACCAGCACUCAAGAAGGCCGACGUGGGUUUUGCCAUGGGCAUAGCAGGCACUGAUGUGGCAAAGGAGGCCUCUGACAUCAUCUUGACUGACGACAACUUCUCCAGCAUUGUGAAGGCAGUGAUGUGGGGGCGCAACGUUUAUGACAGCAUAUCCAAAUUCCUGCAGUUCCAGCUCACAGUCAAUGUGGUGGCAGUCAUUGUGGCCUUCACUGGUGCCUGCAUCACACAGGACUCUCCGCUCAAAGCAGUGCAGAUGCUGUGGGUUAACCUGAUUAUGGACACUUUUGCUUCCCUGGCUCUGGCCACCGAGCCCCCCACUGAGGCCCUGCUGCUGCGCAAGCCGUACGGACGGAACAAACCCCUCAUUUCCCGCACCAUGAUGAAGAAUAUUUUGGGCCAUGCUGUCUACCAGCUUAUUAUCAUCUUCACCCUCCUCUUUGUGGGUGAGGUUUUCUUUGACAUUGACAGCGGCCGCAAUGCCCCCCUGCACUCCCCGCCCUCAGAGCAUUACACCAUCAUCUUCAACACCUUUGUCUUGAUGCAACUCUUCAAUGAGAUCAACGCCCGCAAAAUCCACGGCGAGCGCAAUGUCUUUGAUGGCAUUUUUGGCAACCCCAUUUUCUGCAGUAUUGUGCUGGGAACCUUUGGCAUACAGAUCGUCAUUGUACAGUUUGGGGGGAAACCGUUCAGCUGUUCGCCACUGAAUGCGCAGCAAUGGCUCUGGUGUCUCUUUGUGGGCUUUGGGGAGCUUGUCUGGGGACAGGUCAUUGCCACCAUCCCCACCAGUCACCUGAAAUGCUUGAAGGAGGCAGGGCAUGGCCCUGGGAAGGAUGAGAUCACUGAUGAGGAAAUGGCGGAGGAUGAGGAGGAAAUUGACCAUGCUGAGCGGGAACUCCGUCGUGGCCAGAUCCUUUGGUUCCGUGGCCUCAAUCGUAUCCAGACCCAGAUGGAGGUAGUUAGCACCUUCAAGAGAAGUGGCUCCUUUCAGGGGGCUGUCCGACGCCGCUCUUCCGUCCUCAGCCAACUGCACGAUGUAACCAAUAUUUCUACCCCCACUCACAUCCGCGUAGUGAAAGCGUUCCGUAGUUCCCUCUACGAAGGGCUGGAGAAGCCAGAUACGAAGCCCUCCAUCCAUAACUUCAUGACAACGCCCGAGUUCUUGAUCAACGACUACAUCCACAACAUCCCCCUCAUUGAUGAUACAGACGUGGAGGAGAGCGAGGGUCCCCCGAGACGGCGCUUCCGGGCCAGUCCCCCACCAUCCCCCAACAAGAACAACAACGCCAUUGACAGCGGCAUCUACCUAAGCACGGAUGCCAGCAGCAAGACACCUACCUCCUCGUCCAGCCCUGUUAGCCCGCUCCACAGCAUGGAAACGUCCCUCUAACACAACCCCACCAUGCAACCGGUCAAAAUGACUUUGUGCACAGCAGGGGUGUUCAGUUCCUCCUGGGAGACAAGGACUAGCUGAGUGAGUCAGUAAAGAAAGCGGGCAGGAGAUGGCGUUUCUCCUCUUGACACUGGAGGUUUUUUCUCUUAACGGGGUGGAAACGGACAAGGUUUCUGCCACUGGUUGGCUCAGGCAAAUGAAGACGAGAAACUGAAUUGAUGCAAUGAAAAGCGAUAGACAAACUGUGGAAGGGGAGAAAAGUUUUCUUCAGAGUCACCCAUGAGGGGUUUGGGGCUGAGUCCCGGAGGGUGUACAGGAAAAAAAAACAACCACCCAUUUCUCUAGUCUGUUCUUCGUUUCUCUUUGGACACAAAACACACUCACCGAACCCACGAUAAUCCCCCGUUUGGGGGUUGCUUUGAUUUAUUUCUGGGACCUCUUUUCAGGUUUCCCCUCCCCCCCCCCAAAAAAAAACAAGUUUAAAAAAGGAACUAUAUUUGCACCGGAAAAAGAACAAAAAAAAGGAAAAAGGAAAAAAGAGGAAUAAUCUAGACAUCUAUUAUCCUAAAUAUAUAUAUAUGAUACCAACCAACAGAUGUAUUAACGGACCUUCUGACCAUAACGCAUGCCUGUUAUCAAACCCUCUUUUCUCCUUUCCCCUCUCCCCCAAUGGAAUUUCAGCCUGGGGCAAAUUUGUUUUUGUUUCUUUUGUU